AUGAGCGGGGGAUACACGAGCAUACCUCGACGAGGUCGCGCUCCAGCCGUUCAUGGAAGAAUGAGAGCAGCGUGGGCAGCAUCAGCACUCAUCAGGGAAGCUAUGGACCAACUGACGGAGCAAUAUCUCCGUGCCAAUGUGUUCGACUCCACAGUUUUUCCAGCGCUUUGCUUCGCAACAAAGCCGUGGGCAAACGAGGUUGCCACGUCUAGGAAGCUACUUACUGCCCACAGAGCCCUUGAGAGACGACUUCUGAAGCUUAACCGAGGCACAGAACACCUAGCCGCUCUUCGCAGCUCCGAUUUAAGAGCAAUACCCCAUCUUCGCGACCUAGCGGAAUAUAUAUCGAGAACAAAGCAUAGGUAG